AGACCAUCUGUAAACAUGGCGUCUGACUUCAGGUGGAGAUGUUUAGCGGUAGCGCUCCUUCUGUGCACACAUUUACUUUGUAUAUUAGCGACUGACAACAACGAAAAUCACAAGAAAAAGAAGAACAUCCGAGACUACAAUGAUGCAGAUAUGGCCCGGCUCCUAGAACAAUGGGAGGAGGAUGAUGACAUUGAGGAAGGUGACCUCCCAGAGCACAAGAGAUCUUCUCCCCCUAUCGAUUUCGCCAAGAUUGACCCCUCCAAGCCAGAAGAGUUACUGAAGUUGUCCAAGAAGGGCAAGACUCUCAUGGUGUUUGCAACGGUGUCAGAAGAUCCCACUGAGAAAGAGACAGAGGAGCUCACCGGCCUGUGGCAGGGCAGCCUCUUCAAUGCCAACUUUGAUAUUCAGAGGUUCGUGGUCGGCUCCAACAGGGUGAUCUUCAUGCUGCGGGACGGCAGUGUGGCCUGGGAGGUCAAAGACUACCUUGUGACCCAAGAGCGCUGCUUGGACGUCACCGUGGAGGGACAGGUGUUCCCCGGCAAGGCUGCCAAGAAGGAUGACGCCAAAUACAAGCCGCAGAAUGAAGUUAACACCAAGAAGAAGAGCAAAAAGAAGCCUGAGACCAAGAAGCCCGACUUGGAAGGAAACAGUGCCAGGCAUUUGAAGCAGGAGCUGUGAUUGAAUUCCACAGAGGAAGAAGAGGCUCGGGUCUCUUUUUCUUCUGGCCUUAGACUCGUCACAAUAUGCAUGUCUGUCAGCUAAAAGCUCUCGAGGGGCAGCAGGACCACAAAGGAAGAGUCAGUGAUUUAGAGUCAGUGGUGUGAGUUAACUCAAAUGUCCUGGUGAGCACAUUAACUCUGACUCUUCUCUACAUCUCCCCCAUUGAAAUACAUUGCAGUGACAGUACAUUUUCAAAGUCAUAAUUUAACAAUCUCUUUCAAAUCUGUUGUAAAUCAAAACAAAACUGACUGGUUUCUUUACUUAUUUGUGUUGUUCGAUUAUCAAUAAAUGAAAGCCAAUAGAUUCAGA